CCGCCAAAUAUUUGCCCGCCCGCCGGCCGUCCGCUGCAGCACAGCUAUAAAUUCGAGACCCCAGGUGGGGCCAGCCUGCCCAGAGAGCACUCAGGACCUGGGCCAGCCCGCACCUGCUGCCCUCCGAGCCUGGUGGCCCCAGGACAGGGAGGAGAUGGCGACCAGGGUGGCCCAGCCUCUGUUGGACUUCCAGCUGGCCAGCCCUUUCCACUUGCCCUUCCUGCGCUCAGAGCCCGAGCCCCCAGAGACCUGGGAGGAGGAGGAAGAGGAGGAGGAGGAGGAAGAGGAAGUGGCUGCGCUGGAAAGCGAGGAGCCUGGGGGCUGCAGCCCGUGCCUCCCCAGCGCAGGCGCAACCCCCGGGCCGGCCCCUGAGGGUACGAGCAGCCCGGAGACCGCGCGGCGUCUGCUGCGCUUCUCAGAGCUCAUCAGCGGCGACAUACAGCGAUACUUUGGGCGCCAAGAGCAGCGGCCAGAACCCGAACCCCGAGAGCUGUGCGGGCAAAGUCGCCCAGCCGCCAGGUCUGCCCGGGAGCGCUACUACGCCGACCUGGUGCGCGAGGCCCGCGGCGCGACUCUGGAGGGGGCGGGGCCCGAGCCCGCCGAGCGUCCGGCGCUGGGCCCGCUGGCCGAGCUGUUCGAGUACGGGCUGGGCCGCUGUGCGGGGCCUGGCACGGGCCGCGGCCUGAGGUUACGGCGAAAGUACGGCCACAUCACGCCCAUGACCCAGAGGCAGCUGCCCGCGUCCUUUUGGAAGGAGCCGGCGCCCAACGCCCUGGGCCUGCUGCAUCCCGGCACCCCGGACUUCAGUGACCUGCUGGCCAACUGGACGGCCGAGGCUGGCCCCGAGCUGCCGGGCCCCGGGACCGACGGCCAAGUCCUGGACGAGGCGUCGCUGCCCGAGGCCUAGCCAGAGGGCUGGGGACACAAGACUGCCUUAUGCCUCCCCCCACCAGGACGAGCCCCCCCGGGGACCCCUGGAGGAGAGGUUGGGCUCCCCGCAGCUGGCGGCCGCCUCCGCUUCCAGGCUGGCCCCCUGGGAGCAAGCGCAUAGGACGGGGGAGGAGCCCGCAAGAGGCUGGGGCCCCAGGGGGCUGAGCUGCUCCUGUCAUUGCCCACCAACCCCGGGACUAUGGGGGUUCAAGGCCAUUACGGGGACACAGCUAGGUUGUUGUUGUUCUCUCCGGGACAGGAAAAAGGGCCGCUGCGCUCUGAGUUACAAGCAAACUCCACGGCCCUGCCCAGAUUCGAGCCAACAAAACCCACUUCUCUGUCCCGGGAGGGCCGCAAUGCCCCGCCCACUGCCCAGAAACUCCGCUCCCGCCUGAAACCCCUCCUCCCUCAGCGCCCGGGAGAUGGAGCAGCCUUGAUGGUGGAGGCCAUCUGGCUAGAGCUCUGCCAGGACCUGGGUGAGGGCGUUUUUUGGGGGUCAAGAGACUCGCUCCCUCCUAGCCAGACAUCACUGGCACCCAGAGUCCCUGCCAGGCGGGGAUUGCUGGGAGACCUUGGUCACCCUCCCCAACUGGCUCCCCUCCCACAGGGUCUGUGCAGAGGCGGCUCAGAGGGGUCCAAUUGGGGUCUAGAGUGCUAGCGGGUUUAUUGCAGGGGUAGGGGCAGCGACUGGGGGUCCGUGCCUGGCUCUGCGCCGCGGGACUUCGGGGCCGCGCUCGCUCUCCGCCGGGCCACCAGCCUCAGGAGGACGGCUUUCCACCGCAGCCACCUGCCAGACAGCGGCUCGGGGACCAUCCCUGGAGCCCCGCCCGCCCUGCCCAGGCCAGACCAGGCCAGCCCCACUGCCCACCUGGCGGCCUGGUAGACGCCCCAGUGGUUCACGGAGCCCUCCGAGCAGGGCGCCGCGUCCUUGACGAAGAAUCGCUGGCGCACCAGGGACAUGAGGACCCGGCGGCUGCCCAAAGUGAGCGCCCACGGGCCCUCCUCGCUCCACAGCCGCAUCACGCUCUCGCGCAGCGUGGCGAUCUCCUCCACGCGCUGGCGGG